UUGUUUACGAUGAUGAUCGAUUUCUUCAAAACGUUAUUCAAGAUAAUUCAACAUCUUUAAAAGUACUUGAAGAGAUUGGAUUAAAUAGACAGGUUAACACAAACACAUUUAUUAGAUGUGCCGAAGAAAUUGCAACCAAAAUUAAAAAAAGUAAAGAAAAUAAAGAUAAUUCUUUUAAAUAUAUUAAAAGUUCAGCAAAAAAGGUUGUUUUCUACUUUUAUGAUCAUCAUGCUGAUUUAGAAUUCUCUCCAGAAGAAUGGAAUGAAUUAGUAAAUAUUAAAUUUGUUCCAAUUACAAAAUUUAAAUUUGGCCCAAAUAAAUUUUUAAAUGAUUUAUAUUCUCGUUAUUCUCUUUAUGGAGAAAGCUCUGAAAAUGAUUUAGAAUGUUUUAAACAUUUAUGCCAUCCAAAAUAUGUGAGUCUUGCUUGGACACA